AUGACAGGAAAUGAAGAGCCCGUGGGGACCAAACUUGUAGACAUGGAAGUUAGUAUCCCGAAUACCCCCUGCAUUAGGCCGAAAAGAGGCCGCAAUGCCAACAUUGAUUACUCCUGCUGCUUCACUUCCCCAGUUCAACGUCCCUUUGCUGUUACAAACAUUCCCAAGAUCACUUUUCAAAUGGUGGUUGCCUUUGACGAAGAAGCUCUAGAUAAGGCUCAAUAUUUCUUGAUGGAGGAGUUGAAGAAGUUAAAUAAAGAUUUGCAACUGAAAAUAGAUGAUGUGAUGUGCCAUCGCGCCUCUGCCAUUAAGGAUCUCGAGGGUGUUUCUCAACAAUACCAUUCGUUGAUGACGCAAUAUAUGGAGAAGGUUUCUCAGCUGAAAAUCGCUUAUUCUAGCAAGGAUAUGUUUGCCAUCCAGUUUGGGCUCCAUCAAGCCUGUGUGGACAUGAAAGAGAAGUACCCUAAAGAGCUAAAAGAUAAAAAUGUCUUGUAUUCGUACCCAGACGCACAACGUCAAAUUAUUGAACGUUUUGCUGAGAUGACAACACACAAGUACUGGCUAGAAUCUGCUCUGGGAAAUGAAGAGAUGGAUGUUGGCGGUUUGAAGAAAUUGUUGAAGAUUGUGGACUCAUAUGGAGCGGAUGAAGUUGGGUCAAUGUAA